UAUUUCUUACAAUUGGAUUGUUACAGAAUUAUCGAAAGAGGAUUCGGAUCGAUAAGAAAUGGUGGAAGUCGAAAUCGAGAUCGAGCGAGCGUACGAAAAUCUCUCUCGAAUGGUCUAAGAGCCGAAAAUCGCAAAGUCCGUGGAAACGCUGAGGUUCUACAUCGUCCCUAAUUGACAACAAGGGAAAGAGAAAAAGAGAGAGGGAGAAAGGAAAAAACCUUCAAGCUGGAAACUCAAACGUAAGGAAGAAAGACGGAAAAAGGAGAAGAAGAAAAGGAAGAAGAGAAUAAGGUAUCUGGAACGGCAUUUGAAAUUUACGAGUAAGUCGGUGGCUCCUGCUAGUGUAAUAGAACGACUCGAGUAAAAGAGAAAGAGAAAGAGAAAGAUAAAGAGAAAGAGAAGCAAGCACAUGGCAUAACAAAUGGUCAGCUGUAAAACCGGCUCAGGACAGUGAAACGACACCGGAAGUAGCUAGCCAAGGAAUACUCGAGGUGCCAGAAAGGCUCGUGUAGAAGUCUAUUCUCUCGAUAGCUCUCAACUUGUUCAUACGAGGCAAUCGUUACAAUUUUUCAUUCGGAUUUAAGAAAGAUCGAUGUAACGAAGAAAUUGUCAUCGAUUCUAUAUAAAUCGUGAAUGCAAAUUUUCGAAGUUACUGAAAGAAAAUAAGAAAUUCUUUAACCGUCCGUUGUACAAUGAUUAUUUUAUCAUUUUUAUUGUUUGUGGAAAAUUGAUGAAAAUAAUAAAAUAUCAUCGUAAUGACAAAUCGUAGGUGAGCAUUGGUUUGAACAAUAAAUCAGUGAGAGCGUAAGAGAAAAAAAGGAAGAGGAAGAGGAAGAGGAAGAAGAAGAAGAAGAAGAAGAAGAAGAAAAAGAAGAAGAAGAAGAAGAAGAAGAAGAAGAAGAAGAAGAAGAAGAAGAAGAAGAAGAAGAAAAAGGGGGAGAGAAGGAACCAUCUUGGGUUCAGCCAGAUGGGUUAAAGGUGAAACGCGAUGGAAGGCGCGAUUCCGUGCCGGUGGAUGCAAAAGGGCGCUGUUCGCGCUGUUACUGCUGCCCUUUCGGAAGCGCAACAAGUGACAACGCCGUGCAACUGCUACUGCUGUUGCUACUACUACCACUCUUACUCCCCGAUUUCCAGACGUCAUCUGCUUUAUCCAGCUAGGAGUCGAGAGGAUUCGAUUCCGUCUACUUGAACGUAAAGAAGACAAAAAUCAAAGGAAAGGAAAGGAAAGGAAAGGAAAGGAAAGGAAAGGAAAGGAAAAGAAAGAAAAAGAAAGAUAAAGAGAGAGGCAGAGAGAGAGGGGGAAGGAUACGGGUCAGAGAUCGUUGGCAAGGAACAACCUCCGUUAGCAGGGAUGCCUGCUAGGAUGAACUUCUUAGAAGCUAUCCAAAGAAGAUUAUUUCCUUCUUCGUCCUUCUUAUCUUCUUCUUCUUCAACCUGCAUUUUCACGCAGAAAUAGGUACGGCCAAGUGUCCAUGGCGACUUUGUCUGUUGAGAUACUCGAUGAAACUACGUUGGACAGAAAGACGAUUGCUGAGAAUCUUGGAGGAUUCUUGGUCUGGUAUUCCUUGGACUGUGCCUUGAAUUCUACAAACGAGAACGGACCGCUAUUAUUCGUCUAAUCUUAAAACGAGCUUUGCGAGAAGAGAAUUAUAGAGAAGGAAAAAGAAAAAUUAAUAACGGUACAGAAUAAGAAGAAAAGAGGAUCAAAAGGAUUUUUUUUAACACUUGUUACACUUUUUGUAUAUCUUAUUUUGGUUAUUUGUUUUCGAUCCACUGACCACUUUUUUAUCGUUCGAUUAAUUCUCCUCGAUCUUAGUGUUGCGUGUAGUGAUUCGAUUGUCGUCGUCGUCGUCAUCGUCAUCGUCAUCGUCAUCGUCAUCGUCAUCGUCAUCGUCAUCGUCGUCGUCGUGGUGGACGAUGGUGACGAAAAUCUCUGCUGUCGAUGCUGGCGUCGCUCUAUUGGGCGCCGUCGGUUCGCGUUGUGUCGUAAAACAGGCGACGGUGAAGAAAUGCGUCGCAGCGCUCCUUCUUGUCUCCAUUGCCAGCAUCUUUUAUUACACUCACUACGUCAUCAGCAGUCCUCUCUCUAGUUUGAUACAUCGAGAUACCAGACCCGAGCCCUCGAUAAGAUGUUCCACAUUAAGGGGUGCGACGAGACUGCCUUCGGCACCGGAUCACCGGAGCGAAGCUCGAUUGAGAAUAGAUCCAAAGGUGUUGGUCUUCGUCGAAACUUUAUAUUCCAGGCUGGGACGAGAGAUAGCCGAGUUACUCGUUUAUAACCGAAUAAAGUACAAAGUAGAGGUGGCCGGCAAGUCCCUGCCGGUAUUGACGAAUCUCGACAAGGGUCGUUACGGCGUUCUAAUAUUCGAGAACCUGAACAAGUACCUGCAAAUGGACAAGUGGAAUCGAGAACUAUUGGACAAGUAUUGUAGAGAAUACUCUGUUGGAAUCGUAGGCUUUGCUCCUCCUGGAGAAGAGAGUCUCGUUGGUGCCCAACUCAAGGGUUUUCCUCUCUUCAUACAUACGAAUCUUCGACUAAAGGACGCCCAGUUGAACGCGGCAUCUCCUAUUCUACGAUUAACCAGAUCCGGAGAAACAGCCUGGGGACCACUUCCUGGUGGUGACUGGACCAUUUUUCAGGCCAAUCACAGUACCUACGAGCCGUUGGCCUGGGCACACAGGGACAGCCUCGACUAUCCAACCAACAAAAGCCCUCUGGCCACUGUCAUUCAGGAUCAUGGAAGAUACGACGGCAUUCAAAGAGUCCUGUUCGGUGGUGGUCUAAGAUUUUGGUUGCACAAGUUGUUACUCCUCGAUUCGCUCUCGUACCUGUCGCACGGUCAACUGAGUCUAAGCUUGAAUCGUAUGAUUCUUGUUGACGUAGACGACAUAUUUGUCGGUGAGAAAGGUACGAGAUUGAAGAGGGACGACGUGAUGGCUUUGCUAGCGACGCAACAAAAGAUUCAAGCACUGGUUCCGGGGUUCAAAUUCAACUUGGGGUUUUCCGGGAAGUAUUUUCAUCACGGGAUAGCAGAGGAAAAUUUGGGGGACGAUAUGCUUCUAGAGAACGUCGACAGAUUUACGUGGUUUUCCCACAUGUGGAACCAUCAACAACCCCAUCUUUACGAGAAUGUGACCCAUCUACAAUUGGACAUGGCACUGAACAAACAAUUCGCAAAGGACCACGGAAUACCAACGGUAAACGGAUACAGCGUAAGUCCUCAUCAUUCAGGCGUUUAUCCGGUCCACGAAGGCCUCUACGAGGCUUGGAAAAGAGUUUGGAACAUCAAGGUCACUAGCACGGAAGAAUACCCCCAUUUAAGGCCAGCACGUUUAAGACGCGGUUUCAUUCAUCGUAACAUCAUGGUACUACCCAGACAGACGUGCGGCCUUUUCACUCACACCAUCUUUAUAGAAAGGUACCCAGGCGGAAGGGAUAAGUUGGACGAAUCGAUACAGGGCGGCGAACUCUUUCAAACGAUCGUUUAUAAUCCUAUAAAUAUUUUUAUGACACACAUGUCCAAUUAUGGAAACGAUCGUUUGGCACUGUAUACCUUCGAAUCCGUAAUCAAGUUUAUUCAAUGUUGGACAAAUUUGAGAUUGUCGAGUGCACCGCCGCUUAAACUCGGUGAACAUUAUUUUCAACUUUAUCCCGAAGAAGCCGAUCCUGUGUGGGGUAAUCCGUGCGACGACCAAAGACAUCAAAAAAUUUGGUCGAGAAACAAAACGUGUGAUCAACUGCCAAGAUUCUUAGUCAUAGGUCCUCAAAAAACUGGUACCACUGCACUCUAUACUUUUCUGUCCAUCCAUCCGGCCAUAAGCAGUAAUUUACCCAGCCCAGACACGUUCGAAGAAAUACAAUUUUUCAAUGGGAAAAAUUAUUAUAAAGGUUUAGAUUGGUAUAUGAGUUUCUUUCCGGCAUCAAAAAACGAAAGUUCUAGAUAUCUUUUCGAAAAAUCAGCAACCUAUUUCGAUGGCGAAUUGGUUCCAAGAAGAGCGCAUGCACUUUUACCAAGAGCUAAACUCAUUACAAUAUUACUUUCGCCAGCACGAAGAGCUUAUUCUUGGUAUCAACAUACUAGAGUUCAUGGUGACCCUGUAGCAAAUAAUUAUUCCUUUCAUUCGGUCAUUACGGCCAGCGAUACGGCCCCAAAACCAUUAAGAGACCUUCGAAAUAGAUGCCUCAAUCCCGGCAAGUAUGCUCAACAUUUAGAAAGAUGGUUGUCGUUUUAUCCACCUCAGCAAUUGCAAAUCAUCGAUGGCGAACAAUUGCGACAAAAUCCAGUAGAAACAUUGCACGAAUUGCAAAGGUUUCUUAAAAUCACUCCGGCAUUUAAUUAUUCCUCGCAUCUCAGGUAUGAUCCUAAAAAAGGAUUCUUUUGUCAAGUUACCAAUGAGGAUCGUACUAAGUGUCUUGGAAAGAGCAAAGGACGUCAGUACCCACCGAUGGAGGAUAAAUCCUAUAAAUUUUUACAAAGAUAUUACUUGUCACACAACACGGCCCUUGUAAAAUUAUUAAAACGACUAGGAUCCAGAACGAUUCCACAAUGGUUGAAGGAAGAUCUGACCGAUACGGUGAUGACCUAGCAAACGCCGAUCGCAUGAAACACAGCUAUAUCUCGAUUUCAAGCUUGGAUUCUCGCUUCCGCGGUACACGAGAUACGUCGUUUAUUGGUGGAAGACUUGUAAAUUAUUUGUACAUUAAAAUAUAUUUCGCUGGAUUACAACAUCCUAAUCGGAGAAGGACCAUAACCAGUGGAGUGGUGGCCUAACAAAUCGAUGAAAACCUGUAAAGCUACUAGUCACUAAACGAUUUAACAGUUACAUGUCAAUGCAACUGUCAAUCGUUGUUAAGCUAAUAGUACUAUUAUUAACGUUAUAUUAUAAUAAUUA